UGUUGAGGAACAGCCAUGGCUUCUUUUAACUCUAGUAUUCUUGCUGCACGCAAUUCUAUCCAUAAGAACAACCAUCAUUCGGAUACAGAUCUGCCUGACAAUAACGGCUAUGUGAAAGUGCUGGUUAAACCUCUCGAAGGACAGAAAUAUAGUAUCAUCUUAAGCUGGUUGGGUGUCCCGAAUCUCGAGCUUUCGCCGGAGCACGCGGCAUUAUUAUACGGUGCUGGUACAGUAGUUUGUUGUUGUUUGGCUUACAUUGUUCUAGCUUGCGAUCUAGCGGACUUUUUUCGGCGUUUUUGUCAAUUUGUUGUUCCUCUAUUUUCGGUAGUUUGUGCGUAUUACAUGUUAGCUUUGUACAGUCGGAAAAAAAUCGACACUACGAGUUUUUAUUUCCUGUUUUUUGCAGGCUUGUUAGGUGAAAUAUUUGGUCGAUGUAUUUGUCAGGACACUUACAAGUCUACUACUAGCACUGUAGACCCGGAUGAUUUAACUUUAAGCACAAUAACUGGACAAGAGAAAUUCCAGAAUAAAGAUUUAAGUAUGGCACUUGUAGGGCAACUCUUAAUUUAUAUGGUCUCCGUGGCAGGGGCUGCCGCCCUAGCCAAUCUCCCAGGCCGACUGAGUGUUGAUGUAGUAUCGUUCUUUGCUCUUGUUCGCAUCUUGGCCUUGUCGUGUGUCUCUGAACUUCCAGCUUAUGGGACCCCUCUGCUGAUCAACGUGUGCGGACUAUGUGGUGUUUUGCUGGCCAAGCAUACCGAAACAAUUCUGCGCCCUCCUAUUUCAUCCUUCAUCACUCAGGACGGCAAGAUUCUAGCUGUUCGUCGGCGUCGAACCUCCAGCUAUGCCGGGCUACAUGUCCUCAGUCACGGGAAAUCCCGGCGUACCUCUCUUCCAGCCCUCUCUAGACAUCACUACGGACAGAGUUCCACUUCUACUUUGGAUGUGGCCCUGCUGGCUGAGGCCCAUGGAAUAGUGACUGACAUGCUGGCCGAUUCCAACCUUCCUCCUCAUGUUAUCAGUGGUCUGCGGGCUUUAGCCUCUCUUCUGUCACCUCCCAACCAUGGAACCCACCAACCCAGACACAGGCCAGGAGGCUCUAGUGUUGCACUGACGGACUUCAAUUCUGGUUCCGAUACAGAGGAAAUACCUUUUACAGGAGAGAGACCUCCUGCAGUACCAAAGCGGUUACGAAAAAAUCUGCCUCCUAGUCUACUUCGCCGAAUGUCAACAAGUACAUGGACCACUACAACUUCUGCUACCGGCAUGCCUACCCUCGAACCCGAACCCAACCGCAAACGUAGUACCAGUUUUCGAUUUCCUGUGGACUCUAAUAGUCAAGUGUCAACAGGACUAGGGGGCGCUGUGUCAGAGAAUUCAUUCGUCCGUGGAAGAUCGGUUCGAUCAAUUAGUCCUAGCCAGGUUUUAGACUCUACAGCAGCGUCAUCUUUCCCCAAUAAAGCCCGUUCGUAUUCUACAACAUCUAUUCCUGUCUGUGCUGCAUCCUGCUUGGAAAAACAAGCCAAAACCGAACGAAAGGCCGUUUGCAGCCCAUGUCCUAUUUCUCCUGCAGGUACUGAUAUUCUCGGCGUUGAAAAUGACAAAGAACAUAUAAGCCACGAUGCAGUAGAUAAUUUAAACAGCCACAGUGGUCAAGUUGUCCAGAGCGCAGAAGAUGAAUCGUACGACCGCUUGCCAACCAGUCCUUUGCCACCAUUGCCGUUUGUCCGGCGAGUGAAUAUAACAUCUGACUACGAGAGCAGUAAUGAUUCUCCCAGCAGCUGUGACAAUAACAAUGCCAGAAUUGUUCUUGAGGAUUCCAUAGAGGGCGCUGGAUCGGCACAAUCCUCGAUUCUCAUUCCUAGGUCUUUAGAUGCUCAAAUAACGACAUCUACCGACGUUUCUCGAUGUAGCUUCUGUGGCACUCGAACUGGAAUUAGUGGUACAAAAGAAACAAUCCGACAUCAUGAAUUAAUUUUUAUUAAUGAUGUCCUAACACCAGCAUCAAACAGGGAAAUAAAGCAGUCUCCAGAUAUUCCUGGUGACGUGACUUUCCGUGGUACUCUUUGCGACAGUCUCAUGUACGAUCUCGAUGUCUUGCAUUCCGAUGAGUUACUAAGUCGAAUAAACGAGUGGGAUUAUCCAAUCUUCGAACUUCAACAAAAAGCAGGGAAAUGUAUCCUUAGUCAGAUGUGCUAUAAAGUUUUCCUAGAAGUUGGUUUAUUCGAAGCCUUCCGAAUCCCAUUACCCGAGUUUCUUAAUUAUUUUCACGCCCUGGAGACUGGCUACAAUGACAAACCAUAUCACAACUCUAUGCAUGCUGCUGACGUGUUGCAUGCUGUUUAUCACCUCACCUCCCAGCCGGUCCCUGGUUUCAUACAAAUGCCUUCAGAUUCAACAGAUUCACCCCUACACAAAACCUUGGAAAAUGUUAUUGAAAGUGGAACGCCAGUCUACAAGCAGUGUUUCGAAGCCAACUAUACCUACGGGGUCAUAGGGGCAAAUUUCCCUGCCCUAGAACUGAUGGCCCUAUACACUGCGGCUGCCAUGCAUGACUACGAUCAUCCAGGCAGGACAAACGCAUUUUUAGUCUCUACGUUUGCCUCACAGGCGGUGCUCUACAAUGAUCGUUCUGUAUUGGAGAACCAUCACGCAGCUGCUGCAUGGAACUUGUUCCUGUCACGACCGGAGAAUAAUUGGUUAUGUCAUUUGGAUAAGGCUGAGUUUAAAAGAUUCCGGUUUCUUGUCAUUGAGAAUAUCUUAGCAACUGACUUGAAGAGACAUUUUGAGAUUGUAGCAGAAUUCAAUGCUAAGGUGAACGACGAUCACGCUCCGGGACUUGAUUGGCUGUCUGAAACAGAUCGACUACUAACGAUGGAGAUGUGUAUAAAACUAGCAGACAUUAACGGUCCGUGUAAGCGACAUGAUAUUCAUGUACAGUGGACUUAUCGAAUAGCAGAAGAGUUCUAUGAACAGGGAGACGAGGAGGCCUCUUUAGGCCUUACUAUCUCACCUUUUAUGGAUAGGCGGAACCAACAACUUGCGAAACUGCAAGAGUCGUUUAUUAACCAUUUAGUGGCUCCUCUGUGUAACGCUUAUGGUGAAGCGGGACUACUUCCUGGUCAGUGGGUGGAUAGCUCCGAUAGCGAAGAAGAAGCUGUUUCUGAGGACACGGACCAGGUAGAAAGCUCUGAUUUUAAAGAUACGGAAGAAGAAGUAAUCGACAGUGAUGGUGGCGUUACUAAUGGUACUUCCAGAAAGCGGAACCGCGAGCUUCGACUGAAGCCUAGGAAAGUGCGUUGUCUCCAAACAGUUCAUUUAGAAGAAAAUUACGAAUACUGGGUGAAUAUAUUAAAAGAAGAAAGUGAUGCCCUGAAAACUACAGAGUCAGCUACAGCCAAAGAAGCGGCAAAAGACGCCUCUAGUAUGCACGAUGAAUGCUCUCUGACGGAAGAAAUGGAUACUAUUCACGAAGAAGUUACCCGGAUCUCACCCAAAGCUAAAUCUUAGAGCACUGUCUGCUGAUGAACUAGUCCACCAGAGGGCGUCCAGUUACUUGGUUCGUUAUGACUAGUACUUGCUAUUUCCCGACGUAUAAGGUGCGUCACAGUUUUCUCUCCCAUUUUGUAACAUGUGUUGUGCCAAACGUUAAGCUCUUCAUCUUUGGUUCUCCAACACUGCGGCAGUUUGAAGGGUAAGACCGAGAGAUGAGUUGGAGAUAGAAAACUGCAAAACCUGUCUGAGUGGAGGCAUCAAGUACCAUUGUCAGUAAGUCUUGAAGAGUAAGAUGUGAUGAAGAAAAAUUACACGCCGAAUAAAUGGGCCUCAACACGGAGUAAAAUGUGAACUGAAUAGAACAUUAUCGUAACUAGAUUACUAUAACGAGAUAUAUGUGUAUGUUGUCUUUGAUAAAUUUCUGAUAUUUCUCACUUCCUUCUUUGCCCAUCCUAAUGGUUUAUCCACGCAGUUUAAAUCAGGUGGCUUAGGAUGGCUGUCUUGAAAAUUGAGAACAGAUGUUAGUUCGUUCUAUAUCCAAAUAUUUUUCUUAGACACGUACUGAUCACUAUGGUUUAAGAUUAUUUUUACUGUUUACAGAUUUAUCUUUUAGUUCACCAUAUUCCUCAAUGCAAAAAACGUAUGUGUACAAACAGUUAAUUUUCUAUCAUUAUUUAGACAGAUAAUGGUUAAAAGCUUGCCCCCGAGAAAAUUAUUUUCCUUGCCUCAUAUAAAAAAAAAAAGUUAUCAUUUGUGCCUUUAUCAGGUUAUAAACAUAUUUACGUAUGGCUGGAUAAAUAUAACAAGUACAAAACAAAGUUCCGUGAAAUAUACGUAGGUGUGUUUAUAUGACAAGCUUAGUGUUCUUCUGGCAACUCCUCCCAAUUAAUGGAGGUGUCAACAUGUUAUUUUUUUGUAAUUAUGGUUAUGCCUAGUUCUCCAGCAUUACAGUACUUUUUUAAGGAACUCUGGGGCUUCGUCAGCCUUACAUUUUAUGAGAGAAAAUAAAAUAUUUAAUAAAGACAGUUGAUAUGGGUAUUAAAAACAUAUUUAAAACUAAAAACAACGAUUUUACGUCCUUAGGUCAUCUUCAGGUUAAGAAUGACUUUUUCGUAAGAAGGUCGAAACUUUGACUUGUUUCGUAUUUUGAAUAAAAACAAAAUUUAAUAUCAAUAGCAACUGUCUCUACUAAAUAUUUACUUUAAGUGGGUUCCUUGUCGUCAGAAAAUAAAAUGUUUCACUUGUAAAUGUUCGCAGGAUUUCAAACACAUUACAAAGCUCGAAUUGGCGUGAAUUAGUUCGACAAACCGAAAGUGAAAUCUUCAAACAGUUUCAAGUCUGUUGUGACACAUAAGCAAUAUUACAUACAGUGACUUGCAAAAGUAUUCAUCCCCUGCCAGUAAUGUCACAUUUUGAAGAAAUGUAAGUAAUGUAAACACAAUUUUUAAUGAUCAAACUUAACACUGUUAUGUGUGAAGGAGGUUGAAUAUCAGCAAAACCUGCAAAGAAAAUAUAUAAAUUGAAAUUUGCUGAUUACAUAAGUAUUCAGCCUCCUAAGUCAGUACUUGGUGGAAACACCUUUGGCAGCAGUUACUGCUCUGAGUCUUUUUUGGAUAGGUCUCUACCAGCUUUGCACAAUUGGGUGGUGUACUUUUUGCCCAUUCUUCCUGGCAAAAUUGCUCCAAUUCUGAAAAGUUCGUUUGGGGACCAUUGAUGGACUUCAAUUUUCAAUUCUUGUCAUAUAUUUUCCAUUGGAUUUAAGUCAGGACUUUAAUUGGGCCGCUCCAGGACAUUCGUUUUCAUCUAUUGAAACCACUCCAGUGUGGCUUUAGCCUUGUGCUUCAGAUCAUUGCCCUGCUGAAAGUGAAUUUUCGACCCAGUUUUAGAUCUUGGCUGAUUCAAGAAGGUUUUCCUCUAGGAUUCAUCUGUACUUUGUACCAUCCAUUUUCUCCUCAAUCCUGGCAAGCUUCCCAGUCCCUGCUGAUGAGAAGCAUCCCCAUAACAAUGCUGCCACCACCAUGCUUGACAGUUAGGAUGAUGUUAAUUGGGUGAUGUGCUGUGUUGGCUUGCGCCAGACGCUUUGAAUUUAGACCAAAAUCUAAAUUUUGUCUCGUCUGGCCACACAGUGGCAUCCUGACCAGUUUCUUGUUUCCCGGCUGCUUUGUUUGGAAGGGCGACCUGAUCUUGGCGGCAUGAAUCAAAUUCCACUUCUUAAUGAUAGACUUCACCGUACUCAAAGGGAUAAUCUGCGACUUGAAAUGUUGUUGUAAUCUUUUCCUGAUCUGUGCUUCUCUAUUACUUUAUCCCUGACUUGUUUGGAAAGAUCCUUGGUCUUCAUGGCUGGUUUGUCGUAUCACUAUGCUAUGUAAGUUAUGGCUUGAACAGAUGCAUUAACUCUGAAGUCAAGUCAAACCACUUUGAUAUUACACUAAUUUUGUGACCUUUCAAAAUAAUCCUUUGCACCUGACUGAACUGAUUUAGGGUUGCCGUAGCAAAGGGGUUGAAUACUUAUGCAAUUGAGAAUAUUCUAAUUUUCUUUGAAAAUCUAAAUUACUUACAUAAUAUCAGUAUUUUUUAGCUUUUUCAGUUUGGAGUAGAUUGUAUAGAUUCUAAAUAUAAAGUCCCAUUUGAAAGUUUCAUGAUUGCAAGCUCAUACGGCAACAAAAUAUGGAAACUUUUGCAAUGCACUGUUUCUAAUAAAACGCCUAAUAACGAGAACUAAAAAUAGUACGACUUUUCAUCUUCAGUGUAUCUGAUGCCAUAUUAACGCCCAGAGUCUGUGUAAGCAGUUAUUGUAUCAUAAAACACGUUUUUCCGAAUUUUGUUUAAACAUUUUCUCUAGUCACCAUCUAUAUGUUAUAUAGAGGGCGCUCUGUAGAUGUAAUAAUUAUGUUGACCACGUUGUAGUCGUGUGCAUAGGUUUGACGUGCCUGAACAACACAUUAAGCUAAACUGGAUCACUAGUACAUAAACGAUUUUAUGCGUACCAUGCACCAGAUAAACUUGAUACUUUGUAAACGUGAUAAAGCUAACACAUUAGGGAAUUCUUUUUUUUUUUUAUCUUAAGCACGAGACUUUAGCAAGUACAUACAGGUGCAAAGUGCCAGUCACAUAAAUAUCGUUUGUCAAUCCUAUAGCAAAAGAAGAAAAGGAUGGACGUUUACAUCUAGCGAAAAUGUUGAUAUUAAAAUAUUUUAAACCAAUGUAUUGCGAAACUGUUGUGUAAAUUGGAGGCAUAGUUCAAGAUCAGCAUUAGAAGGAUAAAAUUCGAUAUUAAUUGCUCAUUAUGUUAACAUGAACAAAUAUUUAAUUUCGUUCCAUGUGGCUGAACACAUAUCAGAGGCUCGUAAGAAGACUAAUAUAACAGAAACUUGUUUAUAACGGAAUAACUGCUUACUACUACUUCACUUUAUGAGGAAACUAAUAUAACAGAAACCUGUUUACAGUGGUAGAACUGUUUACCAUUACUUCACUUUAUGAGGAAACUAAUAUAACAGAAACUUAUUUACAGUGAUAUAACUGUUUACUACUACUUCACUUUAUGAGGAAACUAAUAUAACAGAAACCUGUUUACAGUGAUAGAACUGUUUACUACUACUUCACUUUAUGAGGAAACUAAUAUAACAGAAACCUAUUUACAAUGAUAUAACUGUUUACUACGAUUUCACUUUAUGAGGAAACUAGUAUAACAGAAACCUAUUUACAAUGGUAGAACUGAUUACUACUUCACUUCAUGAGGAAACUGAUAUAGCAGAAACCUAUUUACAGUGGUAGAACUGUUUACUACUUCACUUCAUGAGGAAACUAGUAUAACAGAAACCUAUUUACAGUGGUGGAACUGUUUACCACGACUUCACUUUAUGAGGAAACUAAUAUAACAGAAACCUGUUUACAGUGAUAGAACUGUUUACUACUACUUCACUUCAUGAGGAAACUAAUAUAACAGAAACCUAUUUACAGUGAUAUAACUGUUUACUACUAUUUCACUUUAUGAGGAAACUAGUAUAACAGAAACAUAUUUACAAUGGUAGAACUGCUUACUUCGACUUCAGUUCAUGAGGAAACUAACAUAAUAACAUAAAAAAAAGUAUAUUCAAUUAGUUAUAAUAAUUACAAAUAUUAGGUUUUCAGUUUCGAUCUAAGUAGGUUGCUUGCUCUGCUCGGGAGUUAAUAUUAAUAACACAAACCUAUUUAUAACGGAAGAACUACUAUUUUAUUUUUCUACAGUUAAAACCAAACCGUUUAAUUAUACUAUCAAUUUGUCUGUUUGUAAUGGUUGUGAUAAUUUGCCACACAAGAGUAUUGUUAACACAGGUAGCUUGUAAAUAUACUAAACAUACAAUUUUUUAUUAACAUGUUUUCAUAUUUCGUUGUUCUUUUUAAGGUUAAUUAUUAAUCUAUGAACUUUACGUCUCUAGUGAUCUCGUUUAUAAGUUAUUCAAAAAAAAAAAAAGGCCUAUCUAAUUGAUGAUAUUUUACUACCAGUACGAUGAGAUAUUGGGCUCAUUUAAAGACAGUAUUUUAAUUGUAUAAUAUCUCGUUUCUUCUUUUAGUUCAUUCUUACGGUGCAUCUAAAGAACAUACUGUUGGUAAUUUUAAUUGAUAAUAUCUCACUACUAUUUCGCGUGUUCCAACGAAUUUCAUUUUCGUGACUGACCGGCAGAGGGCACACAUUUUUGUAAUAAAGUAACUAACCACUAUUAGCGAAAUUACAAGUUUUUGUGAGAGUAACAAACCUUAAGGUGUUAUAUCAGGUCCUAUAUCUAUAGAAACGUAUACACAUCAGUGUGGAUGUGUUCAAGUGUUAUUUUGAACAUACCCAUGUGUAAGUGUAGAGAAUCACUCCUCUAUGUUUGGUUCGUAAAACUUGACUUCAAUAUUAAGCCUAACUUUAGAUAUCCACGUUUUAAACUGGGGGUAGCGUCACCAAGUGACUAGAACUUUAGAUUUACAGUCGGUAGGCUUGCUCGCGACAUGUUGCUGUGUCCUUUAGGGACACUUUACACAAAUUGUUUCAGCCCAGUUGUAUAAUAGGUACCAACGAGUAAGUAAGGGUUAACCUAUGAUGAACUGGCCUCCCAUGUGGAGUUGCAUAUUAAAGUUGGGUAUUAAAAUUGUACUGUUGUUUGUCGCCUUAGACCUUAAGCAUGUUAUGAAUGGCGAUAGCUUUAUUUAAUUGCGAACAUCGUUCCUAACUUAGUGAUCAUUCUUUUUCUCACACUUUUCCCUCAAGAAUUAAGCUUACUAGUUGUAUGAUUAGCUGUUAGAUAACUUCUACAGCUUUUGAUAGUCAUACCUUCGUUGAAUAUUGUGAAAAUCAAUUUGUUUCGGUAAGCUAAAGUAAUUUAUUUUUCAUGAUAGACAAAAAAUGUUAUUUUUACUCUAUAACAAAAUUACUCUCAAAAAUUGUUUAAAUGUAAAAAAUACUCAAAUAGAUUGAUCCCAAUAUAGCCAGUUUUUUAUCGACAAAUAAAAUAGUCACACGGAUAAUAUUAAUGCUUUUUAUAAGGAUUUGUAGUAAAAACAUGACGUCCAGGAGAUUAAGAAAUUGCGAUGUAAUUAACAUAAUAUUUUAAAAUCAAAAUCUGGCAUAUGGUGUUUCACUGCUAAAUUUUCUAUCACAUUGUAUUAUACUCUUAUAUUUAUUACUCCCAGUGAUUCAGCGGUAAGUUUGUGUGUUUCAUAAUUUUAUCGAAGACAGUACUACUCAUUGCCUUAAAAUAGCCGCUUGUUUUUUGUUUUUUUUAAUACAACUUACUUCGUUUUUCAAUUGUCCCCCGAUGGGACAGAGUUAAGUCUACGGGACGUACAACACCAAAAACCAGGAUACCAUUCCAUGCGGUUGACACAGCUGAUAUCCCAAUGUGGCUUUGCCCUAAAACAAACGAAUCAUUGAUUUUAAUUAAUAUCCAGCUCAGAAUAAAAUGAAUCGCUGAAUUUGGUUAUCCUGUGAUUGACCACUAAUAAUUUAAUAUAUUUUAUUUGAUUUAAAUUUUUAAUCAUAAAAUGUAGCUCAUGAUUAGUAUUCUUUCUUUCUUACUGUUAAGGACCUUGUUUUCCUGAGUAAUUUUAGGUCAUAUACUGACCAACCUCAUGUUUCCCACGCUAUUUUUAGUACGUAUACUGAUGAACCUCAUGUUUUCCAUGCUAUUUUAGGUACUUUCAUUAGUGAACCUUAUAUUUCCUUAGGUAUUUUUAGUACAUAUACUGAUGGACCUCAUGUUUCCUUUGAUGUUUUUAGUACGUAUACUGAUGGACCUCUUGUUUUCCUCGGUAUUUUUAGUACGUAUACUGUUGUACCUCACGUUUUCCUCGGUAUUUUUAGUACGUAUACUAAUGUACCUCACGUUUUCCUCGGUAUUUUUAGUACGUAUACUGUUGUACCUCACGUUUUCCUCGGUAUUUUUAGUACGUAUACUGUUGUACCUCACGUUUUCCUCGGUAUUUUUAGUACGUAUACUGAUGUACCUCACGUUUUCCUCGGUAUUUUUCGUACACACAUAUUGAUUAUCAUUCUUCUUCACUUCGUAACUUAGUAGACAGUGAAAUAUCGUGCAGCUCAUCUACCCUCCCAUAGGCUUGAGAUGGCUUGGUAGUUAGGGUACUAGAUUCGCAAUCUGCGGGUCGCGGGUUCGAAUCACCGAACAUGCUCGCCCUUUUAGCCAUGGGGGCGUUGUAAAAUUACGAUCAAUCCCCAUAUUUUUUGGUAAAUCAGCAGCCCAAGGAUUGAGUGUGGGUGUUGUUGACUAGCUGCCUUCCCUCUAGACUUAUCACUGCUAAAUUAGAGACGGCUAGCCCAAAUAAUCCUCGAGUAGCUUUGCGCGAAAUUCAAACCAAACUACCCUCCUACUUCAAAAUUAUUAUAAUUUAGGCUAUUUUUAUCACAUAAGAAUGAUUCAGAGCUCCAUUUAAAACUUUGGUUAGUAACAGCUGACCCAACCGUAUUAUAUUUAAAACUCGGUAUCUCUUCAACCUUCCCAUCAGGUGGAGUAAUUAUUUAAUCGUGUAUCAAACUUUGAAGUCGGCCAAUUAUAAAUACCACGUUAAAAAUUUGGCAUAAGUAUUUUUAAUGUUUCUAAACUCAUCUGUUAAGAUUGUUUUCAUAGGGAGUGACAGCCCUGAGCUUACUGGUCUUUUUAUUAUUAUUAUUAAACUAUUUUCGAUGUCUGAAUCUCAGAAAAUGUAUGAUCACAAUAGAAAUAUACUUACCAAAAUUGAAAAUUCCUGAAUCAAUACUCUUUUUAAUCGUCCGAAAAGACGAAGAUCAAUCAGGUAAGUUAACAACUUUGUUUUAAUGAACUGAUUUAAAUUUUGAACCUAAUUCUUCCCGAGCUCAAGGAUUCUAGGUACUAUUAUGUACAUUUAGAACUGUUUUAAUGCUAGCUGUCAUUCAACUUCACAGCACGGAAAACGCUUACCUAUUAGUAUUUCUCUUUUCUGUCUUAAGAAUUUUCACGAUCAUGUAGAAGUUACAUGUAUAAUUUGUCUUUAAAGUGGUAUAGUUUCAUUGUUGAAACUUUUACUUCUUUCAAAACUAAUAUAUACUUGUUCUUCCAUUCCAAUCUUGCAACAAUUUAGAUGUUGCGUGUUAUUUUUCUGAAAAUUUCUAUAUGUGGUUUGCUGUGACAUUUCCUCAGCCAUUGUCAUUUCUUCUUUAUGCUUAAUGGAAUUAAUGAAAGAUUUUUGUAAAUUUGCUAAUACAGUGUCUCUAAAAUAACUCUAGAAACCAUUGCAGUUUACGAAUGCCUUAAUAACCAAGUUUAAACUUUAGCAAAUUAUAGUCGCUUUUAGUUAAUGCCCUUUGUACUGGAAAUUUUAGUAAACUCUUUCUAAUUAAUUUGAAAACUAGUUUUUGGUUCCUUGAUUCGUUUUUCUGACAGUUGCACUGAAUUACUUGACUAACUUGUAACGUUGCAUCGCUUCUUCUGAUACCAAAAGCAGAACUGACGUGGUGUCGUUGUUAUACUUUAUAAUAAGAAAUGAAAAGGAAAUACGUUUGAUUUUCAAACUGAUAAAAAAAACAAAAUCAGCAGGUACAUUGAGAUACGUCUCAAACCUCUGCUUGUGGCAAAGGAAAUUCAGUAUCACCAGACUAGAUAAUUCCCAGUGUUGAUUCCAGUAGCUUGCAGUUAUUUAUAAACACCGUGUUCCCGAUGAUGAAUCAGGGCAUAAUAACCACCACAAGAUGUAUAUAAUCUAGCUUGUUUUGUACUGUGAAUCAUAUCGCCAUCGUAAUUCAUCUUAAUUUUAAAUCCGAUGAUUAGGUUUUUAAACUAGGCUGUUAAAGCUAAUCUCAACUUUAUUUUUAAAAUACUAAGAACUAAUAAAUAACAAAAUUCUUUCACCAAGGUAGAUUUUUGUUUAAUUUCUAAUUGGAACUCUCAACUUGCUCGUACUUAGAUGUGUAUCAUAGUAUUUAAACUGGAAAGAAAAUAUUACACCACGACACAUUAAUUUAGCACAACCUUUUAUCUGAGAAUCCACUAUUUAUAAUUUAAUAAUUUUUAAGAACAGCGAAGAAAGGGGUAAGCAUUUUAUUAGUUUAUUUAUGGCUAUGUUUAUCUACCUCUCAGUGGUAUUAUUAUAGAAUUGAAAAAUGGGUAAUAUUGUCCAAUAAUUAACAACUGAACGAUGUUCUUCCCCAAGUUUUUCGCUAUUUUUUUAUUGUUUUUAGCUCACCGUUAAUCUAAAUAAUAGUUGUUGCCAUUUGAUUUUGUACAAAACAGCUCGUCUGUAUAACACCUUUCGUGGUAUGUUAUAUGGGUUAUUUCUAUUAGUUUAAUGUUAUUUAGUGUGUUUUUUUUAUUUGGAUAAGUGUAUAUUUAAAUAAGUGAUACGCGUUAGAUUAGUCUAAACCUAUUUCAGAUUAUUUAAAACAUUCUUUUAAUUUAUA